GGAAAUUUCUUACAUCUUGUCGCGAUUAUUAUUGUCAGCUUAUCGUGCGAGGCACAUGAAAUACCAUAGAAUCAGCAGAUAAGAAUGACUCAUUUAUCGUCGCUCAUACGCUGGAGCAAAUAGGGCUAGUCUUCAGUUUUUUAAUUUAGCCUAGUUUUUAGUUUUUUAGUAUUUGUUUAAAUGAACUGUUGGAGUGUACAGGAUAAUUUGCUGGUGAAUGUUUUCAUCAUGUCCCUAAUAAUUAUUGUUUAAGAGAAAUUUUUUAACAUUCUUUUAGAGUUGCUCUUGUCCCGCCCUCUUCUAGCAGCUAAUCCAGCUAUAUGGACCGCGGGAUAUUUUAAACGCUAAAAUGUGACAGUCGCCCUCCCGGCGACGGAGUCCGGCGAGGCGGGGAGCUCACCGUCGGCGAGCGGGGGCAGAUCGCGCGGCGCGGAAGUCCGGGCGAGCGAAGCCAACAGAAGGUCCUCCGGCAAGCGAUCGAUCUCGCAGCAAGCGGGCUCCGUGGCUGCCGUCGAUUCCAUCGGUUCCCCCGCCUCCUCGGCUCCUCGAUUUUCACGAUUCUUCCGCUGUCGGUCUUGGGGUGGGGGAUGACGGAGGGGGAGAGCGGGGUGCGGCGGUGGCUCGUAGACAUCAGCCGCUGGCGCCCUUCCCCCGCCCAGUUCGACGCUGCAGCCGCCCUCCUACCGCCGCACGAGCGCCCCGCCAUCUCCAGGUUCGUGAAGGAGGACGACAGGAAGCGGGCGCUCGUCAGUCGUCUGCUGCAGUACUCCCUCGUGCACCACCUCCUCCGCAUCCCGUUUCACCUGAUCAACAUACGCCGCACAACCGAGGGGAAACCGUACCUACAGAAUAAUUCUUCAGCCUUCCCGAACUUCAACUUCAGCACCUCGCACCAUGGGGACUACGUCGGUAUUGCAUCCGAGCCACUUUGCCUUGUCGGCCUGGACAUCGUGUCCGUUUCCGAGCCCCAUGGAGAAACCGCCGCCGAGUUCGUCAGCAACUUCUCUUCGUGCCUUACUGACCAUGAGUGGAGCUGCAUCGUUCGUGCUGGCACUCCCAGGGACGUGCUGACAGAGUUCUACAGGUAUUGGUGUCUCAAAGAAGCAUUUGUCAAGGCCAUAGGUGCUGGCGUCGGAUUUGGGUUGCGCCGACUGGAAUUCCACCACGAAGGCUGGACUAACAUUUCUAUUCGCAUCGAUGGAGAAGUGUCUAAGAAAUGGAGAUUCUGGCUUUUCAAACUUGAUGAGACACACUUGGCAUCUAUAGCAAAAGGGGAUCCAGAGGAUGCUAUAAACACCUUCAAGAAAACACUGUCCAAUGUGAUCAUUGCAGAGAACCAGUUAUCUUCUGCGCUAGACAGUCCAGAAGAAGGUUUCACUCUACAGACAGUGGAAGAGCUUACACGAUCUCAGGGGUAACUGGCCAACAGAUGCUAGGCAUUCUUGAAACCUACAGUGACCUACAACAGCUGGAGCGUGUGUCUGAAUCCUAGAGGACUCCAGCCUCCGAUAAUCUAAAUAUACAGGCACAUGUGAAUCAUGGAAGGGCUUCUAUUGCAGAAAGUGGCUUUAUAUCCUUUGAUUUUCUAUGACACAAGGCCAUACCAGGGGAUUUUGAAUCGUCUACUUUCUCUAUACCAAGUGAUGCUGUAUGGAUGUUGUUUUGAUAUAUCUAGUAUACGUGAGUGAUUGCAUUUUUUUCUAACA